AUGAAUCAAUUGAUAGAUGAUUAAUAACAACGAUAAUGUCCUAAAUGUUAAAAUUUUUUUGUUGGUAAGAAAAUUUUAGAGCAUGAAAAAGUGUGUAACUAAAAAUAGCAUGGGUAGUCAAAUAAUAAUUAACUAGAAUCAAUUAUUUAGAAUUAACAAUUUUUACAUAAUGUAAGAAAAUGUGAAUAUUGUGAUGAUGAUUACCCAUUGGAAAUAUAUGAAUAGCACAUCUAAUAAUGUGAUAUAAGAAUAUAGCAUUAAUCAUUAUUGCAAUCUGUGUGUCCAUCUUAAGUCUUUAAUUCAAUAGAUGAGAGUGAUUAAUAAGAGGAAGAGGGAAGGUAAAAACUUGAAAUACUCACAAAAUAUUUUGAAUUAAUGGAAAAUUAUGGAGAAGUAUUAGAAAAAGGAGAGGAAUUAGUGAAAAUAUCAAAUUUUUCGAUUGAACCUUUUGCCAAAACCUUUGAUAAAAAAAUGUGUCAAUCUUGCAAAAAAAACUUUAUUUUAGAUGAAGAAAUAUUAAUUAUGAAAUGUUGCUUUUAAAUUUAUCACCAUAUUUGCUUUUCCUAAAUAAUUAACUAGACUAAUAACUGCGAAUGUGGAAAACAGAUUAUUAUUGAUUGA